GGGUGAUUAGCACAGAUGGAACUUUUCUCUGAACAUUUUUGUCUUUUUUCCGUCGCUUAAAGGGUGAAUUUUUGGUUCAGCGUUCGCGAAGCGUCCGAGGCGACCGAGAGACCGACAAGCAGCCGAAGAACGGAAAGACUGAACGUGUUUUAGGAAGGAUUCAUUUAAUUUAUCAGCCUGGAAGGAGACGCUGCGACCGCGGGAAAACCGAGCGAGUGGCGCGAGAUCACCUGUCAACAAAACAACAACAACAAAGUACUUCCUGUGUUAAACUGGGCCACAAAGAUCUUUUUCAAGGAUGGAGGAAACUGGCAGCAGUCAGCCUCAUGGUUUGUUGAGUCCUGCUCAUGAUGAAGAUUCGGUGGACAUCUAUGCAGACCUGGAUGUUGCAGAGAAGUCGUCUCCGCACUCUGAGCUGAGGGAGUCCAUGAAUCUGUACGAAGAAAUCGUCACAGAAGAACAGCAGAGCAGAGAGUCGUCUUACACCGAGUUGAAGACCAGAUUCCAGGCAGCUCAAAAUCAAAUAAAGGAGUUGCACAGGCGACUGGAGCAGAUGAAGUUGCAGAACACGGGGCUGAACACGGAGAACCAUCGCCUUAAGAAGAACAUCUCUGCUCUUUUACAAACUGCUCGACAGGAAGUGACGCGGAAAGACGCAGAGAUUCAACGACUGAACCAGCAGUCACAGAAAAUUCGCCACGCUCAUCAUUCUCGGAUAAAUAGUUCUACUAGUUGCACCUCUGCAUGCAGGAGAUCACUUCCUCCAUCACUUUCAAGUUCUAUACUUCUUCUACCACCAUCAUGUUCAGUGCAACCUCCUCCACCAUUGUUGAGUUCUCCUCCUCCACCUCCUCCACCACCAACUUCUACACAAUGUCCUCCUCUGCUGUCCAGUUCUACUCCAUCUCCUCCACCACCAAAUUCUACACAAUGUCCUCCUCUGUUGUCCAGUUCUGCUCCACCUCCUGGUACAACCAUUUCUCCAAGGAAUCCUUCUCAGUUGUCCAGGACAGAAUGCAACGAUGCCCCCAUCCAGCCCGGGGACUCUGGCAUUGAGAUAAAAGUUUCCAAACUGUCCUCUCAUCAUCCUUCAAAAAGUAAAGUCCCGGACAGGCAGAGUGAGCACUCGGUUGAGAAAUCUGACAGCACAUCUUCAGCUCAUCACAAACAGUCCAAGCACAGAGAAGGUCAGAAAGAGUCAACAGACCGAAGACACAGAAGUGAUUCCAGGGAGCACUGUCGUGUCUCUGAGAUUAACAGGUCUCACAGAGACACAGGAAGUAGAUGCCAGUCCAGGUCCUUUAAAACUAGGGAUGUCCUAAAUGCUGAGUGUCAUCACCGAUCACAGAGACCUAAAAGCCCACCAGCAGAGGUUCCUCACACCACCGUCCGUUCUUCUGCUGACACAAAAGGAAGAAAUCGAGACCAAAGUGACAAAUCUCAAACGUCCAUAUUAGACGCUGUACAUGGGACGCACGACUCUAAAGAAUCAUCUAAAAAUGGCUACAACCGAGAGCCAGACAAAAUCAGAAGUCGUGAAAAGCAUCACAGAGACCGGAAACAACACACUGGACGACAUCAUGAGUCCUCCAAAGAGAGGGAGGGUGGUGGUUCUUCAAGGGUUCAUCAUAGGAAGGGGGAGCGAAGACGCGAAGAGAAGUUCAAAAAACACAAGAAGAGCUCAUCGUCUGAGACCAGCAGGGACUGUGAGAAGAGAUCAAAACAGAUGGACCAGAGGCAAAGUCAGGAAGGUUCUGUUGAGAUUCUGAAGGCAUCAUUUGAAAAAACAAGUCCUGCUGAUAAAGACAGUACAAACAGGAAACUGUGCUUCAUGGAAACCCUAAAUCUAACGCUGUCUCCAGCAAAGAAGCCAGUGCAGCCUGUCAACCAGCAAGAUGAAUCCAGACUGCAGGACGAGGAUGUGCAGCCCGACUUUGAAGAUAUGUGUGUCGUUGACGAAACGGACAUCGGCAACUUGGAAGCUGGACCACAGGUCGUAGAUGAAAGUCACUCUGCAAAUGUCUCCAACACUCCGAGUUCAGAGGACAAUCCAGUAAAGUGUGACACCCUGAAAGUUAUUCAGGUGGAGGACAAAAACCAGAGUGACACUACUGCAACUGAUCAGACGUCCACUGAAAAUUCUGUCCAAAGUACCUCAGAAAAGAGCACUUCAGAGCUUACUGCAGUCUGUCAGCGGACCGCCGAAUCACCGACAGCAACAGAUGCAUGCCUCUUAGAAAAGCACGAAGACGAAAUGAACUUCACCUCAGACCCCCAGACAGUGGAAUGUGGAAAACCAGAGGACACAAGUCCUCAGCAGACAGAAAACACGAGGAGCUUAUUACAGAAAGAUGACUGCGAGGAACCCGUAGCCGUUGACUCAAAUACCGACACUGUCCAACAACUGAGGCUGCCAGUGGAAUCUUUCACACAACUUGCUGGUGGUUUAUGUCCUAAAGAACCUGCAGGUUCUGAAGAUGAUGGUGACACCAAACCAGAAAGUCAACAACUCUGUCCAACUGUUCUACCUCAAGACGGUCAAAAAGGGCCGUGUCUUCCUGCUUCAUCCACUUCUGCUGAUGUCAGCACGCAAAGUGGCCCCAAAGAUGCAGAUCCUGUAUCAAGUACAAUCAGUCUGGAGUCAUUUCCACAUGAAGGAAUUAGUCUCCCCAGUGCAAUACGUCUUUUAACGAAUACAGACGAAGACACUAACGAGGGCAGCAGUCCUGCGGCCGAGCCGAGCUCCUCCACUGGCUGCAUCGGCGUGUCAAAAGUCAGCAGCACCACUGAGGAGUUUGUGGCUUUCAGUGCGCCCAAGAAGACCUUCAGUCCUGGAAAGACUCACAUGGUGAACGAGAAGAAGCAGGUGGAGCCGUCCAGCUCCGUCCCAGUGCUUCAUGAUGAAGACUCCAUGAUGCGCAUGCUGUGCAGUCUGAAGAAAAUCCCUGACGCCAUCAGUCCUCUGAGGAGUCCGGUGCGUCUUGGCAAGCGAGGACACCUGCACGGACAUAGCAAGCUGGCACAUGUCAAAAGCCUUCAAAAAGAUUUCUGUGUUUCAGCUGUUGAGGCCAGUUCAAAGAAGCUGGAUGUAAACAAAGAAAACAAAUGUCCAUGUUCUCCUACCAAACAUGGGUCUGCAGACCAAGUGUCCAACGUGCCUGCAAGUCUCUCAGACACUGAUCUGGAAGAGGGGGAGAUUGUAAGUGAAAGCGAUGAGCCAACAACAGCUUCUCCAGUUCCUCCAACCAAAAGACCAAAGAUGGAACGACCUGUCAAAAACCACCCGAGUCCUAAAACGGUGUCAAAACUUUCCAAGAAGAAAAGUGAAGAAAGGCGUGCGCAUGAUUCAGCCGGCACAUCGUCAAGAAGUCCCAGUGGUAAAAGUCGUUUUAAAACUGUUUGCCCUGCAGCCACAAAAGCCUCUUUUUCCACCAUCGAUGAAGUCAUGGAAACGUUCAAGUUGGUUCGCACAGAGUUUCGAAAAAAGUACAUGAAGCUUCAUAAAACCUUUCCCAAGAAGAGUUUCUACGGCAUGAUGGAGAACUUCCAGCAGUCCUUUUUAGAAUUUGUGGAUGGAGCCCAUUUUGGUCAAAUCUGCAGUCAGGCUGUUGAGCUGAAAACCAAACUGAAGAAGAUGAUUACCACCGUCUUCAACACCGUGUCAAACAAUGGCAUCAUUAGGCGCAUCUUUGAUCAGCAAGCAGUUGAUCUGAAGCAGAAGUUGUGGGAUUUUGUUGAUGCUCAAGUUGACUACUUGUUGAAGGACAUUCGAGCGACGCUGAGGACUGUUUGCAAACAGGUCAAAGUUCAGACUGAAGACAAGAAGCUUGGUGCAAAGGAGAAAGAAUCAAAGCGGGCAUCUGCACCAAAAUCUCAGUGUGGAAAGAAGGUUGCACCAUCAACUCCAACCAGACUAAACGGAAUCAAAUCGUUUUCUGUUGCUUCUUUUAAGACGGGCCUCGGAAGCAGAGGAAAGGGUAUCAGAAUGAGCCAGGUGGAAAAGGACAAGAGCACUGAGCCAAAUCCUCCAAACUGUGUGAACUCAAAGUCUGUGGUUGACUUCAUUCCUCCCAAAACUCCUGAGAAGCUGAGUCAGGUUUCUGUGGCUGCCUCCCAAAGUGGCUCUUCUCUUGACAAAACUGACUUUGAAAUACUGACGGAACAGCAAGCUUCCAGUUUAACGUUCAACCUCGUGAGAGACUCUCAAAUGGGUGAAAUCUUCAAGUGUCUGUUGCAAGGAGCCGACUUACUAGAAAACAGCGGCGACAACCCCGGUUGGACUCUCAGUACUCCGAAGGACGCUUUAUCUACAGAAAGAUUACACAGCAUUACCACUCCUAAUAAAUGUGACUCUCCACUGAAAAUUCUGUCUCCACUCAAAUUUGAGAGUCCUUCCAAACUGGUUGCUGCUUGGUCCAGUAUUUCACCUCGUAAAAUGCAGUCCUCCCAGUUCAAAGAGCAGGAGGUGCUGAAUCCAGCGUUAUUUGAUGAGAAUUGCUUGUUAGAACUUCCAUCAGAAAGUAGAGUGAUGGUGCAGUCCAGUUUGGUUUCACAGAGGACUUACUCCAUUCUAGCUGAAGAUCUGGCCGUGUCUCUCACGAUUCCAUCACCCCUUAAGUCUGACAGCCACCUGAGCUUCUUGCAGCCGUCCACCGUGAACACACUGUCGACUCCAAACAGCGUCAUCAGUGCACACAUUAGUGAGGACGCCCUGCUGGAUGAAGAAGACGCCACAGAGCAGGACAUCCAUCUGGCCCUGGACACAGACAUUUCCAGCUCCAGUUCCACAACCAGCAGUGCUGCCUCUGAACCAGCUGUCACACCGUUCCUGUUUAAGCCCGACUUACCCAUGCAGUUACUAGUGAUGGAAAAGUCCAAUGAUCACUUCAUUGUGAAGAUUCGGCAGACAGACACCUCCCUCACCGCUGAUAACAGUUUAAACCAAACACUAACAGAAGACUGCCAGCAACACAUCGAAGAAAAGUUGACAAAUAAGGAACCAGUUUUAUCUGACAAGUCUCAGAAACAUGAGAGUCUCUCUAAAAGUCUACCAUCUGAGACCAGUCUGCAGAACAUUUGUCAAAGCUCUCAGGUCUGUCAGGCUGCCACCGGUGAAGAUCCAUGCCACCUCAAAACAAAAGAUCUGCCAACCCAACAAGGUGUUUCUGAGGAGACAAAGAAAUUGCCUUUGCUCCUGAACAGGACCAGACCAUCCAGAAGGACUCCAGUCGAGCACAGUUUGGACAGGAGUGUUGACAGCUCUACUUGUUUUCCAUCAAUGGUGAAGGGGGUGGAUUCUGCUGCAGAAACAGACAAUAGCGACCCUAUAAAUCAAAAACAAGAAAACGAGCACCACAGACACGAAGACAUGACCUCUCUAAAAGGUCGCUCAAAGGGAACAGUCAGUCCCUUUAAAGCUACGUCAGAUACUAUCCCACAUAAUGGUCCUGAAAGCUGUGAAAGAACGCAAAGAUCUGGAGGAUUAGUAUCACAAACUGCAGAGUCAUUCAAAGAGGAACUGAGUGAGUCGGAUAGAAGUCUGACCAUUGCAGAAGAUGUAAGCAGCACUCCAGAAAAAGACCGUAAGAAACAUGGAAAACGAAAGAAACACCAAUCACAGUCAAAGGCAAAGCGGGUAAAGAACGAGGAAAAAGUGGCUUCUAACUCCAGAAAAGCAAACAAGGUGUUGGAGUCCCAGUCCCCCAACAGUCUCUCUGCGAAGAACGUCAUCAGGAAAAAAGGAGAAGUAGUGAUGGCGUGGACCAGAGAUGAUGAUCGCCUCAUUCUUACCACCGUGAAAACCAACGGUGUCUCAAACCAAACCUUCACCGACUUGGCAGAAAAACUUAAAAAGCCAGAAGGACAGGUUGCUCACAGGUUCCAUCAGCUCAUGAAGCUUUUUAAGAAGCGGGAGAAGAUGGACUCGUGACUCACAGCUUCCUGCGUGUGAUGUCAACGCUGCCUGUCCUGUUGAAGUGCCUUUCAGCAAGGCUUUAGAACUUGAAGACUCCGGCCUCCAGGGUGUGAAGACACAGUCUCUGAACCUGGAUCACUGACUUUCACUCCAACUCUGCCUUUUUGAAUGUUUCAGUCUGUUGAGGUAUUUGAGCGCCACCUGCUGGAUGAACAAUUCAGAACUGUGGAUUUAAAUUCAUAACACCAGAAAAGAGUAAUUCAGGAAAAAAAUAAAACCCAAAUCUGUCUGACCUGACGGAAGACAAAUACAGAUAAAGGUUCUGGUGUUUGUCUCCAGAUGGGUUUGGAUCCAACCAACUGGAAGCGCGGUGACUUUGAUCUGAGGUCGUCAGGUUCCUGCUGUUUGUUUUUAUUCAGCUCAUGUUGAAAUUAAUUUUGAAAUUAAAGGUCACAGGCUGAAUGUUUCUGAAUAGAAACCUGACUUUUGUUUUCGUUUUCCUGGAAGCAGCCGAUCAUCUGACUCAGGUGUGAGCGUUUGACUCGGUGUGAACGUGUGAACGUUUGACUCGGUGUGAACGUUUGACUCGGUGUGAACGUUUGACUCGGUGUGAGUGUGUGAACGUUUGACUC